AUGUCGCUGUAUCAUGAGACGGCCGAGAUCCUCUCGGCGAGCCCCGACCACGGCGGCAGCCUCAAGAGCCGCGUGUUUGGCAAGAAGGGUCUCAAGUCGCCGCCCGCGCAGGUGUACGCCCUCGCGCUCGAGACAUGCAAGUGGAGCGGCGUGUUGAAGGAGGUCGUCGAGGCGGCCGAGAUCCUCCGCCACGAGCGCAAGGCGAGUCGUCCAACCCCCCCGUCGCCGUCAGUCCGAACAACGUCCGCUAACCCCGCCCCGCAGCUCACCCCCGUGCUGGCGCUGCUGCUGGUGCACGACUUCCUCCUGGCCAAGAAGGGCAUUGCGCUGCCGCAGACGCACGGCCUGAGGACGUCGGUUGAGCGCCACAAGGCCAGGCUGGCCUCGGAGCUGACGCGCGCGAGGCUGCGGAGGAAGAUGCCGUCCGUGGAGGCGCUGAGGGCGGACGUCAACGCGAACGCCGACCCGGAGGGGAGACACCCCCGGUGGAUCCGGGUGAACGCGCUCCGGAGCAACGUGGAGGACCAGCUCGAGACGACCUUCAAGGGAUGGGAGAGGGCGCUGUCCAUCGAGGCGGUGACGCAGUCGGCGGGCAAGGCCAUCUUCAUCGACACGCACGUGCCCAACCUGCUGGCGGCGCCGCCCGGCACGGACGUGACCAAGACGCCGGCGUACCUCAAGGGCGAGAUCAUCCUGCAAGACAAGGCCUCGUGCUUCCCCGCGUAUCUGCUCGACCCGCGGUCCGAAGACGGCGACGUCGUCGACUCGUGCGCGGCCCCCGGAAACAAGACGACGCACCUGGCCGCCAUCGUCCAGUCGCACCAGCCGGACCAGACCACGCGGCAGCCGACCAUCUUCGCGUUCGAGCGGGACCCCCGAAGGGCGCAGACGCUCGAGAAGAUGGUCAAGAUCGCCGGCAGCAGGGGCAUGACCAAGAUCGGGCCGGGCCAGGACUUCCUGGACGUCGACCCCGAGGCGGACGCGUACAAGCACGUCGGAGCCCUGCUCCUGGACCCCAGCUGCUCGGGCAGCGGCAUCGUCGGACGAGACUCGAUGCCGGAGCUGCACCUCCCCGAGCUUCCCGGUCCCGCCGCCGCCGCCGCCAAGGGGGCCAAGGGGGCCAAGGGGAAGGCGGACAGGCUCAAGCGGAAACGGGCCGAGGAGGAGAGGCCGGUGAUGGUCGACGACGACGGGAACGCCGUCGAGGUGCAGUCGGAACAGGAGCUGCAAAAGCGGCUCGACGCGCUGGCCGGGUUCCAGCUGACGCUGCUGCUCCACGCGAUGAGGUUCUCCUCGGCGACCAAGAUCACCUACUCGACCUGCUCCAUCCACGCGGAGGAGAACGAGGGCGUCGUCGUCAGGGCGCUCGCGUCAACGGUCGCCAAGGCGCGCGGGUGGAGGGUCCUGGCGAGGGAGAAGCAGGUCCGCGGGAUGCGCGAGUGGCCCGUCCGGGGACUACCCGAGGCGGCAGGCGGCGACGCGGCGGUGGCGGAGGCGUGCAUCCGGACGUACAAGGGCGACGGGCACGGCGUCAUGGGCUUCUUCGUCGCCGCGUUCGCCAGGGACGGGGGCGAGGGAGCGGCGGCCGGCGAGGACGGGCCGUACGUCAGGGAUGACGAGGGGCGGAUCGUGAGGGACGCGGCGGGGAUGCCCGUGCUGAAGAGCACAGGUGAGCCUGUCGUCUUGGAGGACGCCGCACGUCAGGCACCGCCGGGGGGAGGGGAUGAUUCGGAGGAUGAUUCGGAGGGUUCAAGCGAGCACGGCAGUGACGAGGACGAGUGGGCUGGGUUUGACUAG